UUCGUCUCUAAUGAUCUUUGAACCUUGUCAUGUUGACUUAUUGUUGAUGUAACAUGUACUUUCAUUGUCCAACAGGAAAACUGUUUUCUCUCUGAAAGGGACAGAUAAAAAGAGAAAGAGUGUGAACUAGUUCCCUUUCUCAGCUGGAAGUUAAAAAGCAGACACAGAGACUGGAUUCCCUUCAAAGAGCAAACAGCUGGAGGAGCCAUGCCCUGUUCCUGCUGCUCAGGGUCAGCACUGCAUCCAUGUCACAAGGGACUUGGAAAGGACCAUCAGGACUCUACAGAGAGUGGACACUCUGCUGCAUCUCUGAGGAGCCAGCAUAACAGAACACAGGAAAGAAAUGGAGAGUGUUAACACAGAAAAAAGGCUACCCUUCAGGGUUUUUGCACUGUUGAGCUUCCUGCCACAAAAAAUGUUCAUGUUACGAGAGGGACUUCAGAAAAAGGUGUCUUUGCCCAGAUCCUGUACUCCGGUGGCACAGAAAUUAAUCAGAGUCAGUAGUCAUGACACUUGCACCAGAAACCCUGGAGGUACUGAGAAGACAGAAAACAAUCAAUCCAUGGGGAUUAUUACAAAGAUUUUUGAACUUGGGAACCAGCCUUUUCAAAUGUUGGAGAAGUUCAUACGAUUCCCAUGGGUUAACCAAGAGAAGUUCCAGGUGGAGAAUGUCCUGCUGAACAAUGAUAAUGAGAAAGCAGAAGUCAGUGAACACAAAGGAAUUAUUGAAAAUAUUUUGGCUCUUGGGAGUCGGCCCAUGCAGCUGUGCAAGAAGAUGAUCCAAACCCUAAAUCCUUUUGAAAGUGGGAAGGAAGAAGAAAGUCAGCCCAAAGGAAUUAUUGCUAUGAUUUCUGAAGUCAUCCAACCAUGGAAGAAGACUGUACAGACCAUAAGGGACCUGAAUAAUGAGAAAGCAGAAGUCAGUGAACACAAAGGAAUUUUUGAAAAUAUUUUGGCUCUUGGGAGUUGGCCCAUGCAGCUGUGCAAGAAGAUGAUCCAAACCCUAAAUCCUUUUGACAAGCUUGAGAAAGAAAAUGACAAAUUCCGGAAUGAACUUGGUAAUCUCCUGGAGAAAAUGAAAGAGCUUCAGAAAGAGAAUGAAUGGAGAAGGGCUCGCAGUAAAACAGAUGAUAUCACUCUUGAUGCAGGAACAGCCCACCCCAAUCUCUCCAUUGCUUGGGAUAAGAAGAGUUUGAAACAUGAAGCCCAACCUCAGAAAGUUCCACCACAUCAAGAGAGGUUCGAUUCGACUGUGUGUUGGGCUCUGAAGGAUUCUCCUCUGGAAAGCACUACUGGGAGGUGGAUGUUGGGAGCAGCACUUACUGGGACCUGGGGGUGGCCAGAAAAUCCAUAGAGAGAAAAGGGACACUUUCUUUGUCCCCUAAACAGGGAUUCUGGGCUCUGGGUCUGAAUGGGGGAGAUUAUUGGGCAAAAACAGAUCCAUGGACCCGAGUCAUGGUGCAGAAAAAGCCCAAGAAAAUUGGAGUUUACCUUGGCUACCAAGAUAGGCAGGUGACCUUUUUCAGUGUAACUGACAUGUCUGUGUUGUUCACAUUUAAUGAUUGUUCAUUCUCAGGAGAGGUUUAUCCAUUCUUUAAAAAUUCCCACAAAGAGACAACAAUGAGAAUUUCUUCAAUUAAAGAAGAGGAAU